UAUUCUCACUGGCGGUGACCGUAACUCGCAUUAUCUCGCCGAGUUUGGGGACUCGUUUUCGCUCUCACCGAUUCCUGCUUUUCCUCCCCCCAAAGCUCGGGUCCGAGUCUCGGGCAUGGCCGGCGAUCAAAGAGCUUUUCCAGUUCGUUGCUUCUUCUUCUUCUGGAUAUCGUCUCUGCUCUCGAUCUCGCUCGCUUACAGGCCGGGGGACAUCGUGCCAAUGAGCAAGGCGGGCCAGUACCACGGGUCAAGAACUGUCUGGAACGAUGUUAUUGGCCGCCACUGCCCUAUUUUUGCUGUUAAUCGGGAGGUGUUGAUUCCGAUACCAAAACCUACUGGUUUCACUGGUGCCGAUCCUUACAAGAUAUCAUUUCAAGUUGGUCAUGAGAAAUUUCAUGUUCCAUGGCUUUUUGUUAUAAACCGCAAAAGCUCUGAAGUUCCAAUGAUUGAUUUCCAUUUGAGGUACUCUGGGAAUGAUUUGCAUGGCGUCACAGCUAAAAUUGUAGAUAUGCCUCAUCAUUAUGUUGAGGUUCACCAAGACAUACGCAAGAACUUUUGGGAUCCAAAUCAUUGGCCGAAGCAUGUACUUGUGAGAUAUACGUGGGAGGAGCGGUCAGAGAUCGAUGUUUCAGGGGGAUUUUAUGUAAUGUUAGGAUCAGGUCUUGUACUUUCCUUUAUUCUUGCAAUUUAUGUCUUGCAGUCAUCUCAAGACAAGCUUGCAAGGUUUGUGAGGGAGACUGUUGCAGAAAGCAGUAUCCCUGGAGGAGUGGCAAAGGUUGAAUAAUCUUCUGUUUUUGAGAAAAACUGAGGAGGCUGAACAAUAUUUUCUUAAUGAAUCCUUCUGAUUGUCGAAUGCCUGGAAUCACGUUGCAGAACUUAAAAGAGGACUGGACUAUCAGAAUGGUAAUACAGCCAUUGUCAAAAAACGCCAUGAUCGCCUUUAUUAUAGUAAAAUUUUUGAAAGAUCAACCAUGUAUAAAACAGAAGAUUUUUCUGAGCAACAAUGUGAUUUGUACCCUAGGUCAAUAGAAAUGCUAAGUUGCUAACGAAGUCGAAUGCCUGGAAUCACAUUGCAGAACUUAAAAGCGGACUGGACAAUUAGAAAAGCGAUACAGCCUUUGUCAAA